AUGUACUCUUCAAGGAAUAUAGUUGUUGAGCCUUACAAUGCUACUCUCUCUGUCAAUCAGCUUGUUGAGAAUGUUGAUGAGUGUAUGGUGCUUGAUAACGAGGCUCUUUACAACAUUUGCUUCAGGACUCUCAAGCUGACUACCCCUAGCUUUGGUGAUCUGAACCAUUUGAUCUCUGCUACCAUGAGUGGUGUGACCUCCUGCCUGAGGUUACCUGGUCAGCUGAACUCUGAUCUUCGUAAACUUGCAGUUAACCUCAUCCCUUUUCCUCGUCUUCACUUCUUCAUGGUCGGGUUUGCUCCACUCACUUCUCGUGGGUCCCAGCAAUACCGUGCUCUCAAACAAACCAUAAGUCCAUUACUGAUUUACCAUCAGUGCUAG